AGGAAGCCGCAUAUUGCACAGGUGCGCUGGACGGAUCAAUGUUUCAAGCAGCCCGAGGAUGGAGAGGCAUAUGGUAGGUAAGUGGUACCUCUAGCGUACCAAACCAGGGUCUCGAAGCACCAAAAGGGCCGGCCAUGGAACCUUUGGCCAGCACCCAUGUGGUAGCGCGCACUCGGCAGCAAGAACCCAGCCCACGUCUUCGCCUGUUGCUCCGCCAAAGAAAAGUUGCUGCCGUUAUUGCCUCAGCGCUAAACCGUGCCUCGUGCUGCUAACGCAUGCCCUGCGGACAUGGCCGCUGGCCUUCCAUCGCUGUCUACCCCAGGAAUCGCGGUCCGUUCAAUCUAUCUGGCAUCUCUGGUAGCCUCAAUUUCACCCCUUAGGUUCGGUUCUUCGGUGCGUUGGUUGGCGCCUCCUUGGUAGGUGUAGGUACCACCUAGCCCGGCUUGAGCUCCAAGGAAGGAGCUCCAUGUGCUUUCUCUCGACCCCACUUCAGCAACCUAUCACUACCACACGUCACGCACAUCUCAACCUUGACCCGGCCAGGCACCAGGCAGUCUUCCUCUGGCACCAGACACGGUUGAACAGGCUACCGGCGAGGUUGAAGCACGUGCCCUACUUUCUCAUCACAUUCUCGGCAUCCAUUCUCCUCACACUCGACACAGACCCAACGCAAUCGACUGAACUAGCGGCGCCUUGUUGGGAUUCGCUCGGCUCUCAUCCUGGGUGGGCUUCUCGCCUUCUGGAGAUAGAACGAAGCACCUAAGUCACUCCUCCUCGCCCUUCUCCUCGUCUCUUCACGCCUCGAGCCGUUCGCUGAGGCGGUUGGCUGCUAGGAGUGGGAGCGGGCUGUGACCUCGGCCAACUUACCCCUGGCUGUCUUGUGGGCCAUACUUGAAAGGGGUUUCUUCAUUUUGCCUCCAGCUUGCAUCACUAUGGAAAUACUACGCUGUUGGAGAGCCGCCUGACCACCUCGCUCCGCUGUUUCGCUUCCAGUCUCACAUUCCCACGGCCAUCUCUCUCUAAAUAAUAUUCGACGGCAUCUCGAUCCCACCGCCCCUCGUCAUCCGCGCCAUUAACACACCCACCACCACUCGUGGCGGCACGCUCGCUUGUUAGUGCCACGCUAAAAUAUAAUCAGCGGCUGCUGGGAGUCAUUCUGCCUGUGGCCCAGCCGCCCCAAAAAAAAAGCACGUGUGGCAGGAAAUUCAACUUUGUGAAAGCGCUUGUCGUCCCGGCGGUUCGAGACACAAACUUGUGCAUCAUCUCGGAAUGCCAUCCAGCGACAGCAGGCCAUGGCCUUCCAGACGAGCGUCCUUCGCGAUGGCGAAUGGGUCACCCAGACCAUCGACCUGCAGACCGUGCUGAAAGCCAACACGGCCGCCCAACCUGCCAGGCCGCGACCACAGAAGCAUACCAAGUGUGGAAUUAUCACGAGGACCGUCGUCGAGAGUCCUGUGGCCCAUCACAUCUUGCCGUGUCGGCUCAGGUCUCUCCAGCACGCCGACGUUGCCUUUGUAGGGGAUCGGUUUGUUCAAAUCCGUGAACUUCGCAACGAUGGCCAACUUCAGGACAUCAUCCACAAGAACGACUUUGGCGACCGUAUCAGAAAUGCCAAGGUCAUUGGCUCUUUACCCGACAGUCUCAUCCUGAACCGAGAAGACGUUCUCUCCACACAUGGCGUCGAAGCCGGUGACGACGGAGACAUAGAUAUGCUGCAUACGGACAGCAGCAUCCCGACGUCAUCAAGAAGCUCGCCCGGACUGGCCCCGCAGAUGCUGUUGGUGGUUCUUGAGUGCGGAGAUUGCAUCUUCAUGGUUCUCCGGACCAGGAGUGACGGAAGACUCGAGUUUGUCACAUCGCAAGUUGAGCUGCCGAAUGUGCAGAUGAGCUACCCUGGCUUCCACCUGGCCGUGGACCCGAGUUCGCGCUAUGUGGCCGUCGGCUGCUCCGAGAGCCUCUUCAUGGUCUACGAGCUCGAGUCCAGAGAAGUCCUGAACAGGCGGUACCGACGCAAUGAGCCCCUCAACCCCGUCAAGAAACGCGGGCCACGGCCCGUGAACGGCUUGAUCCAUAAGAUGGACUUCCUCUUCCCUCGUCGCGAGGAUGACUAUCAUAUCAUACUGCUACUGAUCAUCGUGGCUCAAGGCAUGUCGAAAAUGGUUGUUUACGAGUGGGAGGCAGGCGAUGACCUGGGUGCUGUCCUUGGCGAGGAAAAAAAGGGGCACCGGUUACCACAAGAGCACCAGAUGCCUCUCCUACUCAUACCUCUCAUGGUGGGGACCGCAUUUUUUGCCGUCUACCCCGAGAGUAUCGCCGUCGGCAAGGACGUGCUGAUUGGCCCGCCCUCCUUCGACACUUUCCAAGUUACCAGGAUGCCACCUUCGAAAUUCCAUCACGGCCGCGGUAAUCCGCUCUGGUCUACCUGGACACGGCCUUUCCGCCUGGCUCAGUUUAACAAGGACUGGCUCUACCUCGCGAGGGAGGAUGGCGUAGUUGUUGUUUUAGAUAUCGACUCUGACAGCAUACUAAACGCGAGCCAGGUUGUCAAGGAGUUCGAGUGCAACAUUUCUACUGCCUUUUGUGCCCUGUUCGACCAGUUUGCCGACAUCCUAAUCAUGGGUGGCGACUCCGGCCCUGGGGCAGUCUGGCAGGUCCUGGCUCGGCAGGAAUCCGUCAAGCUUGGUGUCAUACCGAACUGGUCGCCCGCUGUCGACUUCUUGACAACUGACGAGUUCUCGAAGUGGAAUCAAGGAACAAGUUCCCGUGGUAACCUGAUGAUCCCAUGGGAAACUCAGACCAGGCAUACAUACACACCCCCCGACCGCAUAUUUGCGGCCUGUGGCAGGGGGGUUACGGGCACUAUCACUGAAUACAGACACGGCUACCAGGCUAAUAUAGGCCUGUACUUCGACUGCGAGCCAACCACGACGGCGGCAUGGCUGCUCCCUAUCGAUGCAUACUCUGUCAGCGCGGGCUAUUACCUGCUCGCGUCUAUGCCGGAUCGGUCCACGAUACUGCAGCUCCCCAGUGACCUAUCCGAGGUUGACGAACCCCCUGCGGACCAGGUGGCGUUUGACCUUUCCUCACGAACUAUUGCGGCGUCUCGAGCUUUGGAAGGCGCCAUAGUGCAAGUCACAGAGAACUUCAUCGUCUGCGUUUCUCCUGAGCACAGUGUUCGGACUUUGCAUCGAGACCUGAUCCGCAGUGAUCAGACAGCAGUAUCACACGCUGAUAUUCUUAAUGAAUUUGUGGUACUAUCGACAGGGUCCUUCGCAAACUCGUCCAUACAUCUGCUACGAAUCCUGCCCGAUAUGUCAAUAUCCGCCAUCAGGUCUUUCCCAGUGGAGGGAGAGGUGACGUGCCUGUCUUUUGCCACCCUCAGCGGGCUCCGUCAGGUGUUUGCCGGGCUAUGGAACGAAGGCGUCCCGAGUCUUGCCAAAUUUUCUCUUGAUGGUCUCGACUCAGGCCGGCUAGAGACGGUGCCUAUCGAAAUAGAUGCUUUAGAUUCCCAGUCUCGACCUGUGGCAAAUGAGGGCCAACCUGACAGCAUGGGCAGCUCACUCGAGGCAUUCACCAGCGUAGCCCCUUUGGACCUUGGACACAGCCAUGUCAUUGUCUUUGGCACGCGGAAUGGAGAGGUCCUCACCAUGUUCCUAAACGAUCCUGAGCUGCCUCCUUUGAUCAAGAUGGAGAAGUUUGGUCUGACGCCCGCCACUGUGUGUGCGGCAAACUUUAAUGAGCAAGAGUGUGCCCUUGUCUGCUGCGACUCGGCUCUUUUCAUAUUCACCAACUUCGACGCGGCCAAGACCAAAUCAUUCAAGGACAAAUCCAGGGUCUGGCCUGUUCAUGCUCUGGAUGCAAGCCAGCCCACGCCGCCGAUACACUCUGUCAAAGUCCUAGAGAGUCACAUCACUGAGGACCGGACCCACCUGCCGAUUCUAAUGGCUGCCGGACCCCAUAUUCUCAUGGCCUCUGUGCUGCCGAGGCCGCGGCCGGUACCGUGGUGCAUACCCCUUUUUGGGACGCCGCUCAAGGUCAUCCACUCUCAUCAACUCGAGUGCCUCGUUGUGGCAGUCGGCAUCAAGGAUCGGACCGUGCUGAAGUUCCUCGACGUUGACACGGGUGAAGAAGUAUCCACUCCCAUAAACAGACAGGGCGAGCAGGUCGAAGCAAUCCAGGGCCUUGACCGAAUCGGCGACACAAUCCUCGGACUCUCCGAGUGGAUCUACCAACGAGAAGGCCACACGUGGGCAUUCGUGCUUGUGUCCACCGGGCAGGGUGAACUGCUAGUCAUCUCGACGGAAAAGUUGCCGCCGCCAGCGAACGGCUCGCCGGCCCGGGUAAGGUACCGGACGCAGUAUAGAAAGAGGGUGUCGCAGCCGAUCCACUCUGUCAUUGGCCAUGCAGAUGGCCUCAUUUACUGCGUUGGAUCCACCAUCAAGUGGGACAUUCUUGAUCUUGCUGAGAAGAAACUGAGGCCAUGGAGAUCGUUUGACAUGAGCACGCCUGUGACCACGAUGCGCGUGGUCAACGAGAGGAUAGUGGCCUUGACAAGUCAAGACUCGAUCAGCAUCAUCAACCCUGGGGCGAACUCGACGCACGGUGAGAUGAUGUUGGAGCAUGCCGACCCUAAGUCACGGCCAGCAAUGCACAUGAUUGAGCUGUCUGGGGAGAAAGACGGGAGUGGCUCCUCCAUCAUGCUCUUGUGUGACAGGGCCAGCGGAGUGGCAGGACUCUGGGUCCCAUGGCAGCAGCCUGGGCGGAACUGCGAGGUUGUGUUUGAGGCGGACCUCCCGGCCUCCGUGAGGAGGUUCCGGCGUGGGAGGACGCGGCCGGCAUGGCUACGAGCGGACCGCGCGCCGCGCUACGGAGCGCUGCCUAGCACCGUCGACGGCGCCGAGAUUAUCGGCCUUUGUCUGGAUGGCUCUUUGCAGCACUUCACGCUGAUAAACAUGGAGGCGUGGGCUGUCCUCCGGCUGGUGCAGAACCUGGCGCUCCAGUCGCCGACGCUCUGUCCAUUCACGUAUGAUAUGGGGGGCGGCGAUGAUGGUAACAACGCCCUCCUUGACACAAGACAGGCCGCCGGCUCGGGUGGCUACGAGAUGCACAUUGACGGGGAUUUGAUGCAGCUUUGCCUGGAGCGGAGGGCUCUGGCAGAGCUCUUUGCGAAGCAGCUGGACAUGGACAAACUGGGCGAGCUUCUCAGCGCUCUCGAUGACGGCGCGCUGACUGAAGGUAUCACGCGUGGUAGCUUUGGAUCCGGCGACAAGUACUUGGAAGUCGUAUACGAUAUCAUGCAGUACUACUUGUCUCCGAUCAUGUAAACAAAAAGGGGUUAGUUGGUUGUAGCGAGGCACAACCUGGAGAGGAAAAAACUACCUAGACUUGGGAGCGACGAACCACGGGGCUUGGGGAGUCAUAGACGUUACACAAAACUACCAAUAGACGGAGUGGAACACGAACAGAGUUGGUUAAGCUGACCACUGCAAAAUGAC